UUGUCCUAUCAGAAGGGAAAAAGCUCAGCAUCCUUUCUGUACUCAAUACUAAAUGUGUACACAUCAGCAAGGAAUGAAAAGAUAAAGACAGAUGCCCAGCAGCUUGUGCAGAAGCUCCUUAGUGAAACAGGACUACUGAACAGCCUUCCACAUGCAAAUGAGGUAGAAAUGUGGUUGAGUCAUCUGUGUCACAGUCAGUUUGAAGAACACACGAAGACACUUCUUAGGUUUUUGGAUGAAGUCUUUAUGGCUGUAGCCUCUGAGCCAUACCUGUACACAGACAUUGUGAUCGACCUGCAAGCUGAAGCAGUUUCACAUGAAGCUAGUGCUCUGCAGUUUGGUUUGGACCCAACAGAUUGGACCCAGUCUUCCAAUACAAGUCUUCCUGUAAGUCUUUUACUUGUUGGAGCUUUGAAGCGAUAUUGUGAGAUGAUCUCAAAUGCCACUGAACCAGGUGAAAAAGCAGAGGUGCUCCCUUUAGGUUGUAUAGCAAAGUACAUGAAUUGUGUCAUCUCAGAUAUGAUUCACAGUGCAAUGAAUCCAACCAUUUUGUGCUUUGUGGUGUGCCAUUAUGUGAGCAACACUGAAGUAUCACAACAUAUGGCUACAGUAAGGAGUGCACAUAAAGCUUUGCUGCAUUAUCUAAGUUACUGGAUGCCCAGCUUCACUCAACUACAGGACAAGAUUGAAUAUCUAAAGGUACCGUCAAAGACCAGCAACAACAGUUUAAAGCAGCUACAAAGCUUCUUGAGCAAAACAAUGGUGAAAAACGAGCAAGAGAAAGCGACAGUGUCGGCUGAAUUGAACCGUCAUCUUGAGCUCUUGGAUGAAGAACAGCUGGGUACAGUCAUUACUGACUGUGUUGACUUCUGUAAGAACCAGCUUAGUGGACAGUUUUCUCCCCUUGUUCAAGUUCUGCAAGUCACAAACUACAGAAUUACAGGUUCUAGUGCUACAGAGGACAUUGCCCCUUUGUUGCAAGACCUUCCGUUUGGUGUCCUUGUUUGGCAAGUGCUCGGAGAGGCUAUACAAGGUGUAAAGAAAACUGUAAAUCAAUGGAAGACUUCAACAACAGAUAUGUCAUCCUUUGAGGAUGAAACUUCCAGCCUUCUAGACAAUUCAUGGAUCCAGAGCCUCUUGGUGAAGGCCUUAGAAAAGGAGCCUUUAGUCAAGACCAUUCCACUUUGCUGCCACGUCCUCUUGUAUCUGCGUUCGCUUAAAGCAAAACUUGUCGUGAUUCGUACUUCACCUGAAAACUGCAUGCUUCGUUCUGCAAUGCAAUUGUGCUUUCAGCUUCUUCAGUGUCUGUUGCAACGGUUAGCGUCACUUCAAGAUAAGAUGUCAGAAGGCAAGGUAAAUGCCUCGCACGAGACCCACAAUCAGGGAGAAAUGCUUUUUUCUUUACAAAGUUUUGACUCUCCACAAAAUUCCUGCGAACCUAGAUGCCAAGGAUUUUCAAAUGUGGACAACAUUUACCAAACGAUUCUCCAUCAUCCAGUGAUCUUUGACUGCUUUCUUUGGAGGCCAGAACAUUCUUUGGUUGGUCAUGUUCCCUGGAAUAUUGGUACACAGUUGACGUAUAAUGUCGCCAACGUGUUGCUAGCAGUGCUGCCAAGUCUAACAGUUCAUCAGAAGAGGAUUCUGAUGGCUCCUUUUGUCACCAAGAUCUGCAAGGAGGGUAUGCUGGAGAUUGAAUCUGCCAACAAUGGAAACGUGAUUUCAUCUUCCCAAGCUCUGUACCUUCUUGGUCUUUUUCACGAGUACUGUGACGAAGAGAACCAAGUGAAGUUCAUAUCACAUUUAUCUCAGCUUCCCUCCGACAUGCUGGUAACAACUGAUGCGGUGUCAAGAGACAAAGUUCCAUCCGUGUGUCUCACGACUCUGUUGACUUUGCUGGAGGGUGAAUCAUUUUGUGAAGAUCAUCUUUCGCCUUUGUUAUCUGGGCGAAAUCCAUUAAAGACAGAAGAACCACUUUUAUUGUCGCACUUCAGGCAGUUGGUCAAGAUAUCGCAAGAUGUGAACUGCCCACAGCUAGAUUACACAAUUUUAAAACUUUUGCAAAAGUCUAUGUUGUAUGUAAUGGGUUCAACGGCCACUUUCUUAGACAUCUGUCUCAACCAAUCGACUAAAGCCAAAAUUGCUAUAGCAGCUCACUUAAUCAAACAUUGUCCUUCCUUGAGGUCGCAUUUUGAACUUCGCUGUUUGGAUAAACCAAAGCCGAGGAAGAAGCCAAAAGCACUUGACAUUACCUGUACAAUGUUUCCAGUGGCGCUCAAGGAACAUCCGGCAGAGCUCCUCCCUGUGGUGUCAUCGUACCUGUUUUGUAUGCGAGGAAUAAGCGCAGAAAAGUUAGGUUGCAGAACACAGGUAGUUGUGUCCCAUUUGGUUGAGUUGUAUUGGGCACCGUUGUGGGCGUGGCUAGUUAGUGAUAGGGAAGGAAUUUUCAAAGGAUCAGAGGAAUUAAGCAUGGACGUGCUGACUGCUCUAAUACUUCACAUGCCAAAAGAUAACAAUCUUUUGAAACAGCUCAACGGACUUUUGACAAGAGCUUCUUUGUGGGACAGAUACCAGCUGAGAAUUUGUCGCCAACUUUUAACAAGCCAAUAUCGCAACUUUUCUACCAAUGAAGAUGGAGUGAAUAUUAUCAGCAAAUUUUGUUUUGCCUGUAUGGAAUUCUUGUCCAGCAAUCUAAUUAAAACAGGUAAAAAAGCUAUUAUUUCCUCAUCGCAAAUUGUCAAAUUUUCCAGUUUACUUAUCAGCAAAUUGCUAGUGAAGGUUUAUUAA